AUGAGGCAGAAAGUAUCACGCCUAGCAGAGCUCAACCCAGAGCAAGGACCGAACAAGCACCCAGCCAGAGACACCACUCCGGGUCAGGUCUUCCCUUCCACUCUGGAGGGGAUAGCACAGAGCUGGUUCGGUAAAAUACCCAAGGGCACUAUAACCUCUUUCCGGCAGUUAGCCAUCUUGUUUCGCACCCAAUAUGUGGCAAACAUUGCCAGAGAAAGGAUGACAGGGGAGCUGAUGUCAGUCAUCCAAGGACCUCAGGAAUCUCUGAGGGAGUACAUAUCCAGAUUCAAUAUGGAGGCAUCGAAUAUACCCAAGUUACAGCAAGAGGUAGCAGUCCUGGCUAUGAUGACUGGUUUGCGGGAUGGAGAAUUCAAGAGCUAUCUGGGCAGAAAGUCAUUCACAACCCUGGCAGAGGUACUGGGGAAGGCAAAUGAGUUUAUAAAAAGUGAAGAGAUUGGCAGAGCAACCUCACGACGAUAUGUAGCAAGUGAGAACAAUUACGGUAGUCAGAGCAGAAAAGAGCCGUACAAGAAAGAAUACCCAGACAAAAGAGAAAAUCAGCAGCCCAGAAAAGAUUGGCACGGGCAGGUCAGAGGAAGGGGUAGUGAGUUCAGAACUGAAAAGCGAGGCAAAUUCAACGAAUACACUCCUCUGGUUGUUAGGUUAUGA